AUGUAUCCCCCUUCUGAGGUUGAACAACCUAGUGGUAAGGGUGAUGAUUCCUCCAGUUCUGAAAAGGACUUGGCUGCUGAAGGGUUGCGCUCUCUAGGGCAAAUCGUGUCUGACAAAGGGAAAUCUGUGGCCUCUAAUACUGCUAAUGCUUCCCACUCUAAGAAGCAUGAUGAUGCAAAUGUUGUGAUUGAUCUAGAGAAUGGUAGCUCUGAUGAUCAAGAGGAAAGCUUGAUUCAUCACAUAAAGCCAAGUGUGGCUGAACGCAUGAAGACUCGCAAACGAAAAUAUGUGGCUGAACUUAUGUCAGCUAGAAAAGCUAAGAAGACUGCUGAUGUCCCUGACAUCUCGCUUGCGAAGAAAACUACUAUUAGGAAGUCUCCUGUUAAAGUUCCUGCUGUUCAUUUGGAUAACAUCUCCUUCCAUCUUGAGGAUGGAGCUGCUAAGUGGAAAUUUGUGAUUCAGAGAAGGGUAACUGUGGAAAGGGAAUUGGGAAAAGAUGUUGAUGAUGCCAAGGGGGUCAUGGACCUGAUAAAAGCUGUUGGGCUUUUGAAGACUAUUGUUGGGUUCUCUCAAUGCUACAAAGGUUUAGUCAAGGAAUUUAUUGUUAAUAUUCCUGAGGAUAUUUCUGAUAAGAACAACAAGGAGUUCUGCAAGGUGUAUGUGAGGGGAGAAUUAGAGGUUACAGAUAAUCAGGUCUGUAGAGAGAUUACAGCUAAGCAGGUGAAAGUUUGGCCUUUUAAAAAACAUCUUCCUGCUGGGAAGUUGACUAUCAAGUAUGAUAUCCUGCAUAAAAUAGGAGUUGUUAACUGGGUCAAUACCAACCAUAUCUCCACCAUUGCUAAUACUCUUGGGAGGUUUAUUUUUGCUGUUAGGACAAAAGUGAAAUUUGACUAUGGUAGAUUUAUGUUUGAUCAAAUCAUCAAGCAUGCAACUACGAAUGCCGUUAAGCUACCAAUUUCUUUUCCCUCUAUGAUCUGUGGAAUUAUCUUGAACCAACAUCCUGAUAUUUUGUGCUCAAAUGAUUUACCUAGAAGGAGAAAACCAACUCUAUCUGUGCACUACAAACUUUUUGAAGGCAGUCAUGUUGAGGAUAUUAUCAUGACAUCUGCCAUGAAGAGGCCAGCCUCAAAAGUUGGAGCAAUUGUUGAGCUUAAGGAGACAUGCAAAGAGCUAGGUGAAGGUAUUAUGGUAGCCACAACUAGAAAACAAUCUUUGGAAGCCUUGAUUGAAAGCUUGGAGCAGGCUGAGGGUGAAAAUGUUGAACAUGCUAAUGUCAGCAAUGAAGAAGAAGCUGAAGCCCACACCUCUAGUGAGAUGUCUACUAACAAUGAUGAUGCGAGUGGCAAUUCUGCUUCUGGUUAUAUUGAAGAGGCUACAAACUCAAGCUCUACUGAAAUUCUUACAGCUGUGUAUGUACUUGGUGAUGUAACUCUUUAA